CCGUUUCCUUUGCACCAAAAGUGAAAUAACGUGGUGUUUUUUGUUGGUGUUUUGACAACAAAUGUUAAUUAUGUUUUGAUUAACAAUUUUUCGACCGGUAUCUUGAUAUUAAUCUUCAACCCUUUUGAUUAAGAAUUUUUACACUCUGUAGUUAUUGUUUACCUCAGAAUGGAUUUAAGUGAACUUACUCCGUUAACACCUGAGGUUAUCAGUAGGCAAGCAACCAUCAACAUAGGUACCAUUGGACAUGUAGCCCAUGGUAAAUCAACGGUUGUCAAAGCAAUCUCUGGUGUUCAAACCGUUCGGUUUAAGAAUGAAUUAGAGCGUAAUAUCACUAUUAAACUGGGUUAUGCAAAUGCCAAAAUCUACAAGUGUGACUUUGAGGGUUGUCCAAGGCCUGGAUGCUAUCGGGCCGAAAGGAGCAGUAAGGAAGAUGAUUUUCCUUGUGAUCGACCUGGAUGCACAGGAAGGUUUAGACUUUUACGGCAUGUAUCGUUUGUUGAUUGUCCUGGUCACGAUAUUCUUAUGGCUACCAUGCUUAACGGCGCUGCUGUGAUGGAUGCUGCAUUGUUGUUGAUUGCAGGAAAUGAAACAUGUCCUCAACCUCAAACUUCUGAACAUUUAGCAGCUAUUGAGAUAAUGCGGCUGCAACACAUUCUUAUACUGCAAAAUAAAAUAGAUUUGAUUAAGGAAUCACAAGCCAAGGAGCAGUAUCAACAAAUUACUAAGUUUAUUCAAGGAACUGUAGCAGAAGGAAGCCCAGUAAUUCCUAUUUCUGCUCAACUUAAGUAUAAUAUUGAUGUUAUAUGUGAAUACAUAACCAAAAAGAUUCCCAUACCUAAACGAGACUUUGAAUCACCACCUCGACUGAUCGUAAUUAGAUCUUUUGAUGUUAAUAAGCCUGGUUGCGACGUUGAAGACAUUAAGGGAGGAAUUGCUGGAGGUUCCCUUUUAAGAGGAGUAUUGAAAGUAGGCAUGGAAAUUGAAGUCAGACCUGGCCUCAUUUCUAAGGAUGAGGGUGGCAAAUUUAUUUGUACUCCAAUAAAAUCUCAGAUUACAUCACUAUUCGCUGAUCAAAAUGAUCUACAGUUUGCUGUCCCUGGUGGUUUAAUCGGUGUUGGUACUAAAAUAGAUCCUAUGUUAACCAGAGCUGAUCGUAUGGUUGGUCAAGUUUUGGGAGCCAUCAACACUCUUCCAGAUAUUUAUUCUGAAUUAGAAAUAGCCUAUUAUUUACUUCGACGUUUACUUGGUGUUCGUACUGAAGGAGACAAAAAAGCUGCCAAGGUUCCAAAGCUUGUCAAAGGAGAAAGUUUAAUGUUAAAUAUUGGGUCCUUAUCAACAGGAGGACGAGUUCAAGCAGCCAAAGCUGAUUUAGCAAAAGUUAGUUUACAAACUCCAGUUUGUGUGGAGAUAAAAGAAAAAAUUGCUCUAAGUAGAAGAGUGGAUGGUCACUGGAGAUUGAUAGGAUGGGGAGAAAUCACCGGUGGUAAAAAAAUUGCACCAACUUAUAAUUAACUGAUGUUUAAAAUUUUGCAACCAUUUUCAUUAUGAUGAUUAAUGAGACUCAAAUCGAAUAGAAAAAUACUUAUAAUCUUUAAAUUAAAUUUUCUAUUAAAUAAGAUCUGUCUUGUGAUCCAUGAAAAGAAUGAUCACUCAAUAUAUUUAAA